AUAGUACGUGACGUUCGUGACAGUUUGCCACGCGCACGUGUCCGCGGUGGUGGUCAUAUCUGGUGCUAUAUUCAGAGCGAAUUUUCGCCGUGAGAAGGCAGCCGCCACGACUUGUAAUGACCGCCGCUCGUGAUCGCGCAGGAAGAAGCAUCACUGAUGAUCAAUAUAUCGCCGCGUGCUUGCACGGCACCGAUUGAAGGGGCGUCCAGGUGAUUUCGGCCGUCGCCGUUGCCGUUGACCGUAAACGAUCACGAUGACGAGCAAGAAGAGUCACACCCUCCGUAUCGAGUCCGAGAUCGAUCGGAAUCGCGAGGAGGGCAACUGGAAGAAGGUUAUAGAGCUGGCGGAACACCUAAAAGUGCAGUACCCCAGCAACGAGUGUUUGGCAAAUUUCUUAUGCGGAGAAGGAAGAUUAGAGAGUUUUUUAGAACAAACUCCACCAAUAGAUGCCAAUAUUAUCAAGGCAAGGAAUGGGCUGGUGGAAACACGGAGAUACUUGAUGUUAGCCGCUAAUGAGAAGGACAAACAGGCUUUGGUUGUACUGGACGCUCAUUUGCUACUUGGAAAACUUCAUUACGCAAUGGGAAUGUACAAAGAUGCGCUUCAUCAUUAUCAACAAGCCGAACUAGACACACUCACAGAAAAGCAAUUACCUUGUCGAAGUUUACGUAUUAUAGCAGAAUCAUAUGCAAUUAAAGAGAAAGAAAGAUUUACUUUAGACACAGACAAACAUUUGUCCUGCCGAAGACUGCGCAUUAUAGCAGAAUCCUAUGCGAUCAAAGGUCUUUGCCUGGAAAGACUGCCACCAAACUCUAAGUCAAAAUACAAAAUCGCAGAAUGGCAUGAACAGAUAAUCAAGUGUUACGAGAUCUCUGGCGAUCUGACGUUGGUGUAUCUGCAAGAGCAAGAUAAAAUUGCCAUGCAACAACAGAAUGGUAUAUCUACUAUAAAUACGAAUAACACAGGUACAUAUUCCACACAAUCCCCAGUUUGCACCACAAAGAACGUCGGCCCCAUCUUGGAGACUGCACUGCAAAGAGCACCGAUAUUAUAUAUUCAAACCGGCAAUAUACAAGCCGCUGUCCAUCGUUACAGGGAAGUUUUAUCUGCUGUCGAGUCCACGACUACUCAGAGUUUACGAGUGACGCUUACGAGACAAUUGGCGGAGGUGUUGCUGCGCGGAAUAAGCGGUGCCGGCUACAAGCCACCGGAGGAUCCAACCGACACGAUAGCCACUGUAAGCAGCAGAAGAGUGAAUCAUUACUCGGGUAGCAGUUCGCCGUGGAAACCGAAGAAGUACGCAGGACCUAACAUGUUUGUCCCGAAAAACGAGUACGAGGAGAUGAUUCUGUUGUUGCUGAUCAGCGAGGCGAUGGCGGUGAGAGACGCUGUUCUCAGUCAAUCGCCUGAAUUUAAGGAGGCGAGGAUACACGCGUUCGAGAAUGCCACCGCCGUUUAUGACUUGCUGACAGUUGUCGUCGUUAGAUGGAGUCAAGUGGAUCUUUUGUUCGAGUCUUUCGAGAGAGCGAUGAAGUUCUCGCACGAGGAAGCGCAUAUAUGGACGCAGUACGCGUUAUGUCUGAUCAGUAUGGGAAGAUACAUGCAUGCGUAUAGAGUUUUGAAAGUAGUCGCCAGACUGUCCCCGCAGAAAGUAAUGCCUUGUCUGUUGGCCGCAAGGCUGUGCUAUGAGCAGUUAAACAUGAUAAAUGAAGGCAUCGAAUGGAGCCAGAAGGCGCUUCAACGAGAAACGGCAAGUCCGCAGGGAAUGCAGUCCAGAUGCCAUUUGUAUAUAGGAAUCGGUCACAGUAUGCUAUCUGCGAACACGAUUGUGAAACAGGACAAAGUGCAUCACACAAACACCGCGUUGGAUUGCUUUCAGAAAGCACAACAGUGCGAUCCGAACGAUCAUUUGGCAGAAUAUUACCUGGCACAUGAGUAUGCGAUAAACCGGCAGAUCGCCGACGCCAUCGUUCACGUGAAAAUCGCACUGAAUCUACGAGCAGAACACAUUCCGUCAUUGCAUUUAUUCGCGUUACUCUUGUCGGCUCACAAGCAGUAUUCAGAGGCGUUGCACGUGAUCAACAGUGUGCUGGAGGAGUAUCCGGACAACUUGAAUUUCCUCUACGUGAAGGCGCAUCUCGAAUUGCGCAGUAUCGGCGGCGUCGACGCGCUGUACACCAUCAGCCAUAUGUUGCACCUCUGGAAGACUCUCUACGAGGAUCAGACGAACGUCAAUUGCAAUGAACAGCAGAGCGAGAAGCGCAGCGAGACCAGAAGCGUCUUUCAGCUUUACACAUCGGAGAUGUCCGACAAAGACUCCAGUUCUCUGCAUGCACAAUCACUAGCUGCUUCGAGAGUCGAGCAAGCCCUUUCCGAAGUUGCCUCGUCAAUUAGCUCAUUCACACCAAAACCAGGGCCGCAGAGGGCAUGGCUGCUGCAACUACAAAUCUGGCUCUUACUUACCGAGGUUUUCCUUAUCUUGGACCAACCAAAUGGCGCUGUUUUGUCUCUCCAAGAGGCCACCAAUAUUUUCCCAUUGAGCCAUCACAUCAUGUAUACGCGUGGCCUUCUGCACGAAUACAAGCUCGAGUAUACGGAAGCGAAGCAAUGCUACCAAAAUGCCGUGUCGAUCAAUCCAUCGCACAUAAAGAGUCUACAACACUUGGGUCUGAUUUAUCACUAUUUGGGUAGCCAGAGACUGGCUGAGAAAACCUUGAGAGACGCUGCGAAGAUCGAUCCGAAUUCCCAUCAAACCUGGUAUAAUCUGGGAGUGGUGUUGGAAUCGUUGGGCGAGGUGGAGGCGGCCAGCGACUGCAUGGCGACGGCGUUGGAAGUCGAGACCACGAAUCCCAUCUUACCGAUUCUGUCGAUACCGGUGACCUUCGAGUGAUUCAAGCCUCUAAUUUCCUAGGAUAAAAUUCGGUGAAAUCACAAUCUAUUUUUCUUUGUUUCUCUCUCUCUUUCUCUCUCUGUUUCUUUUUCUCUCUCUCUCUCUCUGUCUUUCUGUGUCCCUAUUUCUCUCUCUCUCUCUCUCUCUCUCUCUCUCUCUCUCUCUCUCUCUCUGUCUGUCUUUCUCUGUCCCUAUCUCUCUCUGUCUUUCUCUACAUCGCGGGCAUUUCCUUGCCUUCCCGUCAAUAGUACCUGGACACGUUGUACUAUUGUACAAACUCAUUGUUAAAAGAAACAAAGAAAUUACUUUGAUUGUAUAAAUAUAUAGUUUAACGAAAGACGAUUGAUGUAAUAAAUCCAAAUAAAGUCUUACCUCUCCAGA